AUGGCUCUCGGCCCGGGGCUGCUGCUGGUCGCCGGCUCCUUCGCCGCCUUCCGCCUGCUGAACCGGGCGCUGGAGCGGCUGGUGCCGCCGCCGCCCUCGGCGCGCCGCAACCGCUGGAAGUGGCGCAACAUCUGGACGUCGCUGGCGCACAGCCUGCUCAGCGGCGGCGGCGCGCUGGCCGGGUUCUGCCUCUACCCUGGGCUGCCCGAGGACCCGGUUGGCACACAUCCCCCUGGGGCGCACAGCUUGGUCGCCGUGUCCGUAGGUUAUUUCCUUGAAGACUUUGUGGACAUGUUGUGCAAUCAGAAACUUCAGCAGUCCUGGGAGCUGCUUUUCCAUCACUCCGUGGUGAUCAUCUGCUUUGGUAUUGCAGUGGUGCUCCAUCAGUAUGUCGGGUUUGCCCUUGUGGCUUUGCUGGUGGAGAUUAACUCCAUCUUCCUCCACCUGCGGCAGAUUCUGCUCAUGGCCAACCUAGUGCACACCACCUGCUACCGCCUCAACAGCAUCAUCAACCUGGGCACCUAUGUGGUGUUUCGUAUUGCCACGCUGGCUUGGAUGACGCGGUGGCUCUUUCUCAAUCGGGAGAAUGUGCCCCUGGCAACGUACACUGUGGGCACAGUGGGCAUGGCAAUCAUGACGCCUAUGAACAUCAUCCUUUUCUACCGCCUGCUGCGUAGUGACUUCCUGAAGUCCAGCCAAGAAGUGCAGUGGGACAAGGAGAAAUAGCCCCUUUCUCUGCAGGGUCCUGGGGAUAAGCAGCCCCGAGGGCUGUGGAGAAGGACAGUGAAGAAGAGAGGCGGAGAAUGAGCAUGGGUAUUUCAGUAUCUCACUUGGAGGAUCCACACUAACCAGAGCACCUGGGCUGCUCCAGUGGCUGCAGUUCCGGGCCCCGCACUGCAGAGAAGCUGCUCCUGGAACCACAGGUGUUGUGGCCCUGCUCCCCUGCACCUUUGGAUGACGUGGUCGGAUGCCUGGGAGCUUCUCAAGGAAGCCCCGACAGGUCUCGCAGCUCUGUAAGGCCACCACUGAGAUGAAAAGGGAGCAUGGAGAAAGGCGUUGUUUCCCUGCUGCUGUUCCGGACAGCCGAAAGCUGCCAUGUGUAUCUGACCCCUUUGGUGCUGCACCCCAUGGCAUGCCACUGGCUGGGCACCAGCACCGCCAAGGACCAGCAUCAUGGGGACUUUGCUGCCAGCCCUGUGCUGACCCUGGCAGGUCCCACCGGGCAGGAGAGGCUCCAAGGCUUCAUCCCUGAGGCCAGGUCCAGCAAAAACCAAAUCCUGCAUGCGUGAGUCCUCCCUGAGGAGAUGGUCCCAGGUGGGUGAUGGAGGGAGAGGCUGAGGCCAGCCGGCAGCGGGUCCGGCCCUGGCGGCAGAGUGCUGGGCAGCAGGUGCCAUGUCCCUGCACUUGGGGACAGGCUACCGACACCUCCUGGCGCCUGGACAUGUUUCUAGUGUUGCUUUGUUCCCAGGUGCAACAAGCGUGGGAGACAGCGAAUUGCUGGCCAGGAUGGGGCUACGUGGUGGUCACUUCCCGUGGAGGAAGGGUUGUCAGAUGGGCCGGAUUUGGGUAUCUUUUAGGAAUGAAGAGUCCUGCUCCAGAGCGCCCAUAACGCUUCUGCGUGGCAGCAAGCGCUCAUACUAACACGAGCUUUUAAUAAAGUUGCAAAUG